AUGGCUGCUUACUUGAUCAGAAUGAUGUGGCAUGAAAGGUAGAGUGACAUCGGUUGGAAAAAAAGGGUUAGUCUAGAUGUGUUGCUACUGUCACCCUGGAUGGAAUGCUUCAUUCCAUCAUGGGAUGUCUUCCUUUCUCCCUUUAGUCAUGUGUCUUGCUUGAGAAUACAGCACCUUGAUCUCCCUAGGAAUUGCAUCUGGACCUCUCAACCUGAGCUCAAAAAUUGAUAAUAACCAUCAAGUCAGCAGUGUGGAGGGGAGAGGGGUAAUAAAACAAUCAGAAUAUAAAUUCUUAAAAUAAUCUAUUAAUUAGUUUCACAUAAAUUUUAUUAUUUAAUUUUAUCCCAAUUCUCUUUAGUGUGCAAAGGUUAUUUUCUUGGAAACCUGAUGAUAUGAGAAAACCUCAGCCAUCUUUCUUCAAUUUACAUUCCAUUAUUGAGAAUCCCAAAAUGAAGGUAAGGAGAUACUUAUAAAGACAACUAGUGCAUUGAUCAAUUCAAAGCCACAAAGUGACUGGCAUUUGAUUCAAAGGCCUUCCCAGAGGUGGAGAAUUUCAAGUUUGCAUGGGUGGGGUGGGGUGGGGAAUUUGAUCCGAGUUGAUCUGUGCAUAACAGAUUACUUGAAGGGUUAAUCCUUUAGCCCCAAUAGUGACCAGCAUCUAAUUUCUCCUAACAAUAUAACUGCCUGAUCAAAUGUACAGGUAAUGAGAAUGAAUGCUAUGAUCACCGAUGAUGAAAUGUCUUGAUGUUUGAACAAAUUCUCUCAAUCAGUAAAAUAAGAAACAUAUGGAGAAACAGUGACGGGAAUAUGCAUGUUGAUAUUGGGGCUUAAAGGGUUAAGAAGAUGUGUGCUGAAUUGAAGUGCAUUCAUUAUUAUCUCCAUGACCUUGAAGCUACUAUCUUGAUGUCCUUACGCACAGAACAUAGAGAAUCAAUAGAACCUUCUCGUCUGGUUCAUAUUGAUACAAAAGAUGAUUGUUUUUCAUCGCAUUUUCAGAAAACAGUAGUGGCUUUAUUGGACCAAAUGGUGAUUCCCCAUUGGCCUUAUCUACCACAACGCAAAGACACCUAUGACACUGAUGAAGAGGAACAAGGAAUUGAAGAAGCCUGGAGUACAAUUACUGAUGAUCCCUUGAGCUAUCAUUUUUAUUAUCACAUUUUGGAUGGUGAUGAAGGAGGAAGACCUCCAAAGAUUAUAGAGUCAGUGGAAGAUAAACAGAUCAAUAACAUUAUUAUUUAUUAAUUAAUUAAUUAAUUAAUAUUAAUAUUAUCAAUAACUUUAGCCUCAGGGACAAAUCAUGCUUACACCUGAUUGCAAAGACCAAAAAUAUGGUAGGGUAACAAACUGAUGACAAAGGUAUUAAUCAUAUUUUCUAUAUUCUUGGAUUUAUUAUAAAAGGGGGGCUGUCGCAGUCUGUUUCAAACUGCUUGUCAGACUCUAACAGUUCAAUACUUAAAAUAGCUAAGAAAAUUAGACAACUUGUACCAGCUUGCACUGUAACAAAUUUUUAUUAAAAAUCUUUCUUACUCUCAAUUUCAGGAGGCUUUGAAGCAUCCUGUGGUCAGGAUGUUGAUUAAAACAAAAUGGAACAGUUAUGGAUUUGUAUUUCUCUGGUAAAUUUGUUUGAUGAUUUUAUGAGGCUAAAGUAAUAUAACUUACAGGUAAAGGCAGACCAGAGAGUGUUCUUAAGGGGGAAAAGCUGGUAUCCCAUUGCAAACUAUCUGAGUUGUUGAUUACUUUCUCUCAGAGAGAUUAAGAGCUGGGGUCAAUUAGCUUCUAUAAAAAAAUAAUUUAUGAAUAAAUUACUUGUUUAAAUUUAUGAGGUUUAAUUUUUAGAACAAAAACAUCAAGAGGCAAUUUUUAUCUUGAGGAGUAGUAAAUAUAAAAGAGAAUUGCAAAGGCUUCACCACUUGAAACUUUCAUCAGGAUGAUACAGUCAACAUAAUUAUGUACGAAUUUAACCUUUCUUGCUUUCCACAGCCUUCAAGCGGCAUUCUAUGUCAUCUUCUUGCUCUUCUUGUCGUAUUCUCUAAUACAUGGCUCGACAAGAACGGAUCCAACUCAGUACAAGGGUAUGACGGAUUUCUUGCGUGGAUUUUGUGAGGUUGUCACUCUUGCUAUGGCUGUCUUUUAUAUCUGUGAGGAAUUCAAUCAGAUGAGAGUGUAA